AUGGGUAAGCUCUGCUCUGCUCGUUCUGCUCUAUCUCCUCUGCCACCCCCGCUCUCUCACCGACCUCUCGAACCCGCGGCGUCUCCCAACGCAACGUGUCGGGCAACACCUGAGGAACCGGGACAUUCGGGUAUGUGCAAAGCCGGUUUCGCCGGUGAUGACGCUCCCCGAGCUGUUUUCCCUUCCAUUGUCGGUCGUCCCCGUCACCAUGGUAUCAUGAUUGGUAUGGGUCAGAAGGACUCUUACGUCGGUGAUGAGGCUCAGUCCAAGCGUGGUAUCCUCACCCUGAGAUACCCCAUCGAGCACGGUGUUGUCACCAACUGGGACGACAUGGAGAAGAUCUGGCACCACACCUUCUACAACGAGCUGCGUGUUGCCCCUGAGGAGCACCCCGUCCUGCUCACUGAGGCCCCCAUCAACCCCAAGUCCAACCGUGAGAAGAUGACCCAGAUUGUCUUCGAGACCUUCAACGCCCCCGCUUUCUACGUCUCUAUCCAGGCUGUCCUGUCGCUGUAUGCCUCCGGUCGUACCACCGGUAUCGUCCUCGACUCCGGUGAUGGUGUCACUCACGUUGUCCCCAUCUACGAGGGUUUCGCUCUUCCUCACGCCAUUGCUCGUGUCGACAUGGCUGGCCGUGACCUCACUGAUUACCUGAUGAAGAUCUUGGCUGAGCGUGGCUACGCCUUCUCUACCACUGCCGAGCGUGAAAUCGUCCGUGACAUCAAGGAGAAGCUUUGCUACGUCGCCCUCGACUUCGAGCAGGAGAUUCAGACUGCUUCCCAGAGCUCCAGCCUCGAGAAGUCUUACGAGCUUCCCGACGGUCAGGUCAUCACCAUUGGUAACGAGCGAUUCCGUGCCCCCGAGGCUCUGUUCCAGCCUUCCGUCCUUGGUCUCGAAUCUGGCGGUAUCCACGUCACCACCUUCAACUCCGUCAUGAAGUGCGACGUCGAUGUCCGAAAGGAUCUGUACGGCAACAUUGUUAUGUCUGGUGGUACCACCAUGUACCCUGGUCUCUCCGACCGUAUGCAGAAGGAGAUCACUGCUCUUGCUCCUUCUUCCAUGAAGGUCAAGAUCAUUGCUCCUCCCGAGCGAAAGUACUCUGUCUGGAUCGGUGGUUCUAUUCUGGCUUCUCUUUCUACUUUCCAGCAAAUGUGGAUCUCCAAGCAGGAGUACGACGAGAGCGGUCCCUCGAUUGUGCACCGCAAGUGCUUCUAA